AGGAUAGGGGGGUGAAUGAGAUUGACGAAGAGUUCUUGUUCUGUAUCUCAGUUUUUCUCUUUAUACUCAAAUUAAAUAGUGGGGAAAAUUAUCGGGAAAAUCACAUCAUAUGCAAUGGAGUGUAUUUGGAUAUUAAGUGGAUAAAUACACGCUCUGGGCGUUUUUCGGUGAAGAAGUACUACGGUGUUUGUAAAUAUUUAUUUAAAUAAUUUGUGUGAGAAGAGCAGGGUUGGCUGCUGCUCAAGUGAGUAAAAGAGGAGGCUGCCACCCCCUCAAUGCAAAAUUGGAUGGUGUUCAAAACUGAAGACUGUGUGAAGGCUGAAAGCUGUCCCGGACUGAGCUUCCGACAGAAAGGAUCAAUGAUGGAAUUACAGACCCUCCAAGAGGCCCUGAAAGCGGAAAUACAGGUUCAUCAGAAACUAGUGUCCCAGAUGAAGCAGGAUCCACAGAAUGCUGAUUUGAAGAAGCAGCUCCAUGAACUUCAAGCCAAGAUCACAGCGCUGAGUGAGAAGCAGAAGAAGGUGGUGGAGCAGCUGAGGAAAGAGCUGCUGGUUAAACAGGAUCAUCCGGAGGUCCAGGCCCAUCAGCAUCCCCAGCACCCAGUGCAGCCUGAUGGGAAGGCCUCUGCCCUGCCUAACCUCCACACCCCACCCUCCCUGCCCUCGCCUGACAAACUGAGCACGCCACAGAACACGAUGACGAUCACCCCGGUCAUCGCCACUAAGACUCUACCUCUGGUACUGAAAGCUGCCACCGCUACCAUGCCUGCUUUCACCGUGACGCCGCGACCUUCCGUCGCCAAGGUCACAGCCAUCAGCAACACGCCCAAGGCCAGCAUAGGUCACCCUGACUCACUGAGUGCACCUAUCAACCUUCAGACAUCCAGCAAGUUGACCCAUCAAGGAAUGGAGCCGGUUCGGAUUGUCUCCAAGAACACUAUUGUUGUGCAGGCCACCGCCCAGCCUAUCAAAGUUCCUCAGUUUAUCCCUCCGCCUAGACUGACGCCUCGACCUACCUUUCUAACGCAGGUCCGACCUAAACCAGCCACGCCUACGCCCACUUCCACGGUACCCAUCGCCCCUGCGCCCCCUCCUCCCAUGCUGGCUGCCCCUCAGCUCCUCCAGCGGCCUGUCAUGUUGACCACCAAGCUGACCUCCACCUCACUGGCCUCCACCACCGGGCCCAUCCACCAGGUACACAUUGUAAACGGCCAGCCCUGCGCCAGCAUCACCAAGACCCUGCCAUCUGCCCAGCUGACUGGCAUCGUCAUCACCUCGCCAGCCACCAUUACGGCCACCCUGGCAACUCAUCAGACCCUUCAGAUCAGAAGCCUCAGCCCUGACACCAAGACUGUUAAAGCUCGGGGUGUUACAGAGCCGAAGACCUCGGCCAGUGCGCCCUCCUCUCCUUCACACACCGCUAGAGGCACCCCUCCACCCCUGCUGAGGAACAAGAGAGAGGACAACCCCCAGAAACUUGCCUUCAUGGUGUCCUUGGGACUUGUGACAUAUGACCAUCUGGAAGAGAUCCAGAGUCGGAGGCAGGAGCGCAAGAGGAGAACAACAGCAAACCCAGUAUACAGUGGAGCAGUGUUUGAGCCGGAGCGUAAGAAGAACGGCGUCACAUACCUGAACACUCCUCUACACCAAGGCACCAGGAAGAGAGGUCGCCCACCCAAAUACAGCAGUGUUCCUGAGCUGGGUCUUCACACCCCAACAUCCCCCACCAGCAGUCAUUCCGCCUCCCCGGCCCACCACCGGCCAGAGAGGGGGGGCUCUCACUUCCCCGUCCACCCCCACACCCUCCCUCUGCCUAGACCCAGCUCCGGGGAUGGAGACAUCCAUGAGGACUUCUGCACUGUGUGCAGGCGCAGUGGUCAGUUGCUCAUGUGUGACACAUGUGCACGUGUUUACCAUCUGGACUGCCUCGCUCCACCCUUGAAAACCAUUCCCAGGGGCAUGUGGAUCUGCCCCAAAUGUCACGACCAGAUUUUGAUGAAAGAUGAGGCAAUCCCAUGGCCUGGAACCCUCGCUAUAGUUCAUUCCUACAUUGCGUAUAAAGCAGCUAAAGAGGAGGAGAAGCAGAAACUGGUGAAGUGGAGCUUGGAACUGAAGCAGGACAGAGAACAGCUAGAACAAAGGGUCAAACAGCUGAGCCAAUCCAUAACGAAAUGCAUGGAGAACAAGAACACUAUCCUGGCCCGUCAGAGGGACAUGCACAACUCCCUGGAGAAGGUCAAGGGCCUGGUGCGUCUCAUUCAGGGCAUCAACUUCUGCCCUUCCCCUGAGGCCUCACCGCCAGCGGUCCAGACCAGCAUGACAAAUGGAGGAGCAGACUGUGCCAGUGCUGACCACACGGACGACACAAGUCCUGAGGAGCACAAGAACAUGACCAACAACAGCGGCGACGACCUGAACAACAACGUGGACGGGGCGACCGAGGAGGAAGAGAAGAAAGAGGAAGUUAGAGAGAUUGACAACCUCAACAGCAGCAGCCUUGGCAAAACCUUUGAGCCUCCCCAGACUAUAGCACCGGCCCUUGUGGAUAUAGCAGAGGGGGUCAAAUAACACCCACCCACCCAGCCCAGGGACAGGAACAGGAACCCCCAAAGAGAGGGAAAGAAAAAAGAUCAAGCACCCCAUGAAGUUGCCCAAAGUUGCCAAUCGAUUAACACACACCGACAUAUAUAUUUUUUGGGUACUUGUUAUUGUAGUUGUGUAUUAUUGGAUUGUCCGAGAGGACAUUAUGAGUAUCAGUCCGAGAAAUGGAAAGGGACGAAGGAGGGUGACUUAUGUACCAGUGGUAUGCCAAUCGAGGUCAAAGAUUAUUAUUCAAGUCUGACGAUAUUGACGCUCUUACUCAUAAUAACGAUAUUGUUAAUAGUAAUAAACAUCACACCAAUGUGUGCCUCCAAUAGUCGCCAUAGCGCCUCUUUGUGGGGAUGGUUUCUUAGGGUGUCUUAGUCUGCAGCUUCAGGGGAGAUGGAUCCGAGAUGUCCAAAGACGAGACCUGCCCGCUCGCCUGAAGAUCCACCACCUACACCACACCAGAAACAAUUGGAUCAACCAAAACACCAUAACAGCCAUUUGGAAUUUAUAAACUACCAGGGGACGAGGUUUUUUUGUUUGCUGCAGUAUUUGUCAACAGUUUUGAAAAUCACUGAAGUAUUGCCUGAGGGAUAUGAUUAGUCCCAAAUCACACUUUUUGUCUUACAGGAGCUCCAGCUCACCUCCAUCCAUCUAUCCCACCUACCCCAUUACGACCACCAACAACUCUGACAAUACAGCUUAAAGUAACAUCACAGGACAGAUGAUGGAUCAACAUAGGUCAGCCUCACGUUCAAGUUGUAUCCACUGUCACCUCAGUGCUGCCCAACAGACAGCCAGACAGACCGGCUACAGUGGGAGGAGCCCAGCAUUCAGCUUACGGUCUGUGGUCUUCAGCUGCAUCACAUGGACUCAUUGCAGGCUUCGUUUUUCUUUUCGAGGUCACCUUAUCAUAACUUGUGUUGCGUUAUCCAUUGUUGCUGAACCUAGCAUUCCUUUUUGCAUUUUUGCGAAUAUGAUUGACCAAUUUGUUGAGUGAUACGUUUUAGAGACAUGGACAGAAAGCUGCUGCAUCAAUAUUCCAUGUGAAUGCAGCUCUAGACAUGCACGGGGACUUAGCAACUAUCAGUUCAGAUAUUGUCUGAGAGGUUUUUUGUGUUUGUUUUAUUUCUAUUCAGGUCUUCCUAGUUUUCGAACCUCAAGAUAUGCUUCUUCAAAAGUGCUUUUCUGUUUCGCAUUACUUUGGUUUCUUAUAAAAUAUAUUAGAACUGGAAAAAACGAUGUAAAUAGCUUUCUUUUCUUUUUUUGUUGAUGAUCCUUGCAAUUGAAUUAUUAUUCAAAAUGCUGAAUUCAUAACUGCCAAAUGCUAUUGUAUCCAAAUACAGCAGGGAAACAGUCUUAUUUUCUUAUAUAAUGUUUUUAAGGUUUCAAUUAGGAGUCCCCAUAGAUAGGCACAAAUUUAGCAUGGCAGUUACAUACAUACAAAAGAGAGUGUGGCAAUGACAUUGUACCAAAUGUUGUUUGGAAAAAUGGUCAGGAACGCUGUAGGAAAAGCACAAACUUGUUGGCAAAAAACAACUGGAACCAAACCACAUACCCUCAUCCUGCCAUAAACAUGUCUGAAGUAAAUAUGAACAUUUGAAUGAUUAUAUUUUACACCACCACACUGACAAGUCACUUUUCAUGUUACACUUUUGUACAGUAUGUGUAGCUUUUGUUUAUAACCUGCCAUUUGACAUGUUUAAGUCCUUAGAGUUGCAAUGCAAUGUAGAUAUAUUAGUUGUGAAACACUUGAGAAAUUAGGGACGUUAAAUGGAAAUGAAGGAAUAGGUUGCCAGUAAACAUAUCAUUUCAUCACAGGGCCUACUUGCUGUACUACACCAUACGGUAUGGGUUCCCCUGGGGGGGGUGCCUUUUCUAGAGAGUUUGAAGGCUUUUACAGGGCUUUAUAUAUUUCCUCUGACAUGAAAUGCACCCAAACCAUGGCAAUGUUUUAUGUUUCAAAAUCCAAUAAAAAUCAUAAUAAUAAUGCAAUUAACUGGAAAGCACAAGAGAAGAUGCAAAUCGGUUUUAAUCUAUAGCCAGAUCGAAAGGAAAGCAUUAGUUAAAGAAUAAGUGAUGGCCCAGUCUUGUGUUGAGGCCACUCUUCCUUUUGGCCUGCGGUACUUGUCAUUGUAUAGCAAUUGCCUUAAGAAAAUGUUGCGCCUCGUGAACAAACUGUUCGGUGUAUUGUUGGUCUUGUUUGAGUGUCACAAAAAAAAAAAAUCUAUGAAUUGUGGAAAUAUUGUCUAUUUGGGAUGAGCCACUUCAGGAAAUCUACUUCUCUUUGCACAGAACUGAGAUGAUAGGCUAACAUGGGAAUCUAUUGUAUUUACAAGGGGUCAGUUGCUCUGAGUCAUCAUAUAAGAGAGUUCUGAUAAGUUUUGACUUGACUUGCCAGUGUAUGAAAAAUAAGGAUUGUGAUUUGAACUACUAUUUGAGUUGUCCCUCCACCAAGUCCCUCAAAUACAAGCAAUUAGCAAAUAUUAUAAUGCACCUUUUGGUUGAACACUCAACAGUGUUAAAUCCUUUAGUUCUCUCCUGACUUGCCAUCUUCACAGGGCAAGAUGCAAAUGAUAGAAGUGGCAGCAGUGAUGACACAUACUUACCAUGAAUAUGUACAAUUGGGGCUGGAUUUUUUUCAGAAUAUUGUUAAAUAAUUGACAUAUUCUUCAUCUUAUCUUUAUAAUCCUUUUGAUGUGUUUUUAUUGGGCCUUUUUGGCACAGAAGCUUAGAAAAUGUGGCUCUCAGUGCCUCUAAUGCAAUAAAAAUAAUAAGGAUGUCGGCAAAUACACUCCCCCAUCUGUGCUCAGCAUGAUGAGCCCAACAACAAAACUACAGCUGUCAAAACCUCAACAAACCUAUGCCUACAUAUGCAAAUAGAUUGUAUGGACAUGAUUAUACUUAUAAAAACAUUCCUACUUUUCAUAUAUAGAACUGAAUUGCACCUUUCCAACCUUGGUAACACUUUACUUUAAGGUGCCUUUCAUAAAAAAUAUUCAUAAGUCGUUUAUAGAUCUGUUAUUUAGUAGUUUACAGAUUUUAGUUUAGAACCCAUUAUAACGAAUAAGUAACAAAAAGUAACCAGGGUAUAGGCUACCUUGAUGUAAAGUGUUACAGCAGUAUAUUAAAAGCUACGGCUGUACCAUUAAAUGUUUAAUGUACUGUAUACGUACCCCAACGACUCAUGUAGGAAAUGAAAUGUCCCUCUCAAUUAAUGACUUUUAUUGGAUCAUAACUAUGAAGGCAAAGUGCUGAAUAUUAUGGGCGUAAUUGUUUUUAUUUUCUGACUUAUGGGGGAUGAUGUGGUAUGGCCAACUCAAAUAUUGUGUAGUGCUUUGUGCUGUGAAAGAAAGUAAAUGUCAUGCUGUGGUAAAAAAAAUAUGGAAACAAAGUUCAUAUCCAAAGAAUGAUUUUAAAGCCUAUUUUAUUUUCAUUUAUGAUCUACACCAGCUAAAUAAUAUUCGCAACGAGAGCAACCAAUUAGGAAACCAAUAUUGAUUAGAUUCUUCAUCUCUGCAUAUCUUGAUUAGUUCUGAAAACAGUUAUUCUCAUGCUAUAUCAUGUCACAUCUGUGGCCUUCAAGUAUUUCAGUUGCAUUUCACUGCCAUCAAUAUGGAGACCCCCUCUUUCUUGUAACCUCUGUCCCACCUCUUACUUCAUGCACACAUAUCAUUUCAUUAAUAUAGAAGGCUUUUUCUCAACGUAAAGUAUUCUUACUCUUUGUUAAGAUGCAUUGUAGCAAAUCAAGCAAGUCAAAGGCACUAAUGUGCCGAAUAUAGUGUAAAUGGUUUAUUACACAGACUGUGUACUCUCUUGUAAUAUUUGUCAGUUGUAUUUUUUCACAAUAAUUUUUUAAAAGAAGUAUUUGUUUAUUUUUGACUACGGUUUUGUUACCAAUCCUUUUAGUUGCCUGUGAUCCACUGAUUUAUUUGACCUCCUUCCUGUAUUUGAGUUAUUUUAUGUAGCUAUUUGUAUGCAGUGUUUGGCAAAUUCCAUUGCGGUGUCACAGUAAGUCAAGAUUUUUGGAGCAUUCGAUCAAUUUGUAUUUAUUUAUUUGACCAUUUUUAAAUAAAAUUACAAAGUUGUAA